ACUUCAGACUCAGAGGAGUGAGUGAGUGAGUCUAUUGGGUGUUGGAGCCUCGGGUGGCCGCGGCCAGAGAGCGAUCAGUCGCUCUGUCCCCCUGACGCUCGCUCGUCUGCGGAUCCAUGGAGAAGCCGAGCAAACGAGGCCGCGAGCUUGUAACUUGUUUUCGAGCGAGGGAGCACGAGAUUGAGAAAGAAAAUAGAGGAAGAAAUCUUCCUGAUUUAGUCCAUGCUGAGAGGUGAGAUUGGAUGGCAGCAGAGAAACGAACAGCGAGGUUGACUGCUUCAGAUUGCUCUGCCAUGAUGGUGAUAGCAUCUUCUGCCGAGACCCAAAGUUCUCAGUUGGUGAAUUGAAAGAAAAUCGCUUCCCUCGUCGUGGCCAUUUCCUUGCCAUCUUGUGCACCUCGUUUAUGUUCCAGGCUCGGGUCAGGAUCUUCAUAGUGUGGACUCAGCGAGCAUUUCAUGCCUAGUUAUGAGUCGUCCCUCGCCUCAAGUGAUAGUUGCAUUUCACCUUGAGAGUGCUCCAUGAACUGCCAAAUCUGACCCUCAAGAGGUUUUGUGAUACUCCAAAUCAAUAGCCUGAUCCUUCCUCUAGUUUCCAAGAAUACACCACAUCUACUACUAUCCUACCGACCGAUCGUUAUCCGAGUGCCACAUAGGUACAAGACUCAUUUCACCACGACUCCAUGGCCCUCUAUUUCGCCUGACUUGCGUUAAAGGGAAUGGCGACAUGUCCUAUACGCUUGAGUUGCUUCGAAUGGAAAAUGAAUUUUGGCCCAACCAUGCCCACUGCCACACCCAACAAAACACCCCAUUCAACCAUCAGACGAGCGAGGGGUUGUUCUCAGUGAUCGCCAACCAGACGACCAAUCCCAAUGCACCAAUCUUAAACGAGGCCCCAAAUGGCAGGAUGUGUGGACGCCAAGCCGUGAACUCCACAGGCCCGCCCAGUUUGACAAUGGGUCCGAAGGCCUCCGGUCCGAUCCCUCUUGAUCAACGCCCACACUCUCAAAGUCGGGAGAUAAGCGAUGCAGUCAAUCGAAGGGACGAAGGUGAUGAUGAUCAGCAUCACCAUUCCUGUGCCAAAGUGAUUGCGGCGGCAGCCCAACGAGGCACUCUUAGACCAAUGCAUAGCUACUAUGAAUGUUGUAUCAACGUUCACGUGUCUUCAUUGUUGGAGCAUUGGCUGGAUUGGGACCGAGCCCCCUUGAUCUCAACCGUUCCUAAAGGGGGAAUCCGUGGGAAAGAAGGCGCUCAUACUGACACACACCUGGAUGGAAGUCAAGCCGGGGAGUUCGCUUCCCAACCCAAAUUACACGUAAACCCCACCUCGAUUGAAGGAUGGGUUAGGCAAAUUUCUUCAAAUGGCUGUGAUGUGAAUCGGCAAGACUCGGAGGGGCGGACCUUGCUCCACCUCCUUCUCAAUGGCGCUUCACACAACUUUACCGGAGAAACCGUCGUUGAAUUGACUGGAUUGCUGGUUGAAACGGGUGCAAAUCCAAGUGUCAGAGAUCAUCGAGGAGAGACACCUCUCCAUUUGGUCAAACAUUGGCUUCAUAGUGACAAGAGCCAAUCACCGUCUUCGUCUCCUCCACACCAGACGACCAUCAUGAUUGCCUUAUCCCUAGGGCGAUUACUUUUAGAAUCCGGCACGCGGGCUUUGUCCACGGAUCAGUGCCUGUCGGCCUGGAUCAACCUACCGGACUCCGACGAACGAACUCUCCUCUCAUAUAGUGUGGCCCUGGGGGAUUCUGCCGAAGAGCUGAGCCGGCUCCUCCUCAACUACGGGGCCGAGGUCAUCCCCAGCCCGUCGCCCAUGUCCUCUUCGUCUUUGUCCUCGUCCUCCGGGGGUCCAGUCGCCACACCUCCUGGCUCGCUUGACUCGUCAGGACCGCCACCUCAUCCCAUUCAACAGCUGACCAAAGAGAGAACCCAAUCCGCUUUCACUUGGCUACUCAAGUCUGUGAUGGAGAAGAGAGCCUCGGAGCCUUUUCAACGCACCAUAAAUUUGGUGGGCCAGUCUAUGGCUCACCAGCCCUUGCGCAUGAAGCGCCACAUCAAGCGGGUCAUGAUGCACUUGGGACGGGGGAUUUCGGUGAAUGGUCCGCUCUUCUUGGAACUGAAAACGCUUAUGAUGCCAUUCUGGUGUAAUCCACAGCCCCUUCGUCAUCAAUGUUUGCGUCAGAUUCGAAAAUCGUUGGGGCCAAAACGCUUGAACCGCGGUCCUGUGAGCAAACUAGGGUUACCCACGAAGCUCCAACGAUUGGUUCGGUUCCAAUCCGAGCAUUCUGAGCAUUUCGAGCAUUCUGAGGGUUCUGAGGGUUCUGAGGGUUCCGAGUGCUCCUCGAGAACUGAUGACGAGUGACGGGUUGCCAAGGCAAGAGAUACAAACGCACACACACACACAUAUCAGAACAACCUUGAGAAUGCAAAUUCAAAAUCAAAAGCCUGUCUGACACCCUAAACUUAUGCUCUCUAUGCUCCAUGAUCCAUUCUCCUUGCCCUUGGUGCCCAUCGUGUCUCCGUUGAUGUGUUACUUGACAACGUACCCUGGAACCAACUUCUCGCUCCAAAAAUAUUAAUCCUUUGUGACCUCGAAGCAAUUGGACCCCGGUGAACUUCGAACAAACUUCCGAACCUAAAGCAAAGAAGAAGAAGAAGAAUGAAAACUUGUUAUUUUGUUAUCAAGAAGAAGAUUUAGGAAAAACUUCAUUCCAAUAUUUAGGCCUCUUAAACUACCCGUAGACCAAUCAAUCAAUCGAUCGCCCAUCUAUAUCAUCAUCAGCGUCAUCAUCACCAUCGUCGUCGUCAUCCUCCUCCCCAAGAAACUGACGAGUAGCCAACCAAGCCGCCUUUUGAUUGUGUUCAGAACCAACUCUCACUCACCUCAUUUCUCCUCUCUACAUGGCAAGCCAUCUCUUCAUGUGUUCAGUUAUCCCAACCAAUACAACCCCGAUUUUAAAUCUUAUUAUCAUUAUUUAUUGUCAUGAUUAUGAUUAUUACCUUGAUUUUUAACAUUAUUAUUCUUGUUGUUAUUUUACUAUCCCACAUGAUGAUCCUCAUCUUCCCCAAUUUUUUCCUGGAGACAGGUACUUCUCAGCGAUGUUCCUUCGGACAAACUCGCAGUGAUCCACAGCAACAACCACAACCACAACAAUAAAAUGAUAUGAGUAAUAGAGAUCAACUUCAGCUGACGAACAAAAAUACUGCCACCCUAUUUCUAUUUUUGUCAUUGUCAAUUCCUUACUUUCGACCAGAUCAAUUAUGGGUAAAACAGGCGUUAGCAGCAAUUGAUUCUAGUCCAAACUCGUUGGAUCCCUUUUAUCGUCCCAAGACAAAGGUCGUGUCCAGUAUCUUUUAGAACCAAACCAAGAAAGAUUUUUACCAUUUUCACUAAGCCAUCCAGCCAAUCAACCAACCUUUCACUUUGUUCAUCUUCUUGACCCAAAUUCUUUUCUCCUUUCAAAUAACGCAUCACUCUAACCUUCAAAUAUCCACACCCUCCCUAUCCUUAGCUUAUCCUCCCCUUUUUUCCUCCUUCUCGCCUCAUGCUCUGCCUUUGAAUGUAGUUAAAGAAUCAAAUCCUUUCGUUCCCUCCGUCCCUUUUCCCGGUCCCUUCUCUACCAAUCAUCCACCGCUAGCUUUGAAAAGAACACAGUAAUGCACCCAAACCACAAUCGUUGAAGACACGAGCACGCCACACACAAUUGACGACUGACCGACCGACCGACCGACAUCUUACCACUUUGCAAAUUAAUAAGCAGACCGACAAAUCAAUGACUAAUGCCCCAUCCCCAUAUAGAGAGAAAAAAACCAAGCAGAUAGGGAAAACACGUUGACUUGACCUGUCACUUAUUUGAUUGUUCUGCUGAUGUGAAUAAUGUCAUUUAUAGCCCUCAAUUGCAAAUCCCACAGAAACUUUCAUCCUUUUACCAGCGCUCGUGUUCGGUUUUCUAAUUCAAUCAUCAUUUCAGUCCCGAAUUUUGAGGAGAGAGGAGAGCAUACACUUUGUGCCUCCAUUCAUCCAUGCAAGGCUGUUUUUGAAGAAAUACCAACCCAUGCAAAUGUCCUCCUAAGCCUUCAGUUCGAUUCUCGUCUAAUCAAGUUGUUCUUAGUUGAAACACCACGCAAAAUGCCUAAUAAUAAAAUGAUUGUUUUUCAAUA